GUAAGUUAUCACACGUCUGUUGAGGACAUGGCUCUUGGUUGUGGGUAUAAGUGUUUGCAAUGUUUGCUAGUUAUUUUCAAUUGUGGAGCGUUCAUAUGUGGUCUCGGGCUGAUUGUGGUUGGUGCACUUGGGCUCCAUUCUGUUGUAAAUCACUGGAAAGACAUUGAACCUCCAUUACAAUCGCUUAUUAUCUUUAUUAUUGUCCUCGGAUGCUUCUUAUUUGUUUUGGGGGCCUUAGGAAUGUUUGGCGCCUGCACGAAGAAUGUGUGUUUAUUAACAACGUAUUGUAUUCUUUUAUCAAUUUUGAUAGUUGCCGAAAUAGCAGCAGGAAUAUUUGCAAUAUUGGAAAAGCCAAAGGUAAAAAAACACGUCACUGAUGCAUUAAGAGAAUUCGUAAAAGAGUACUCUCACGACGAACAUGUUAGCAAAGUUCUUGAUGAAGUUCAACAGAAAUUACAAUGCUGUGGUGCUGAUUCUUCAAAAGAUUAUGUCACUCCACCACCGGAAUCCUGUUUCAAAGAUGGCCAAAUAUUUAAAGAGGGAUGCGUUAAAAAGGUCAGUGAUCUAAGCAAAAUGCACCUCAAUGCUAUCAUAAUUAGCGUAUUUCUGUUCUCAUUGGUCCAAAUGAUUUGUCUGGUAUUUGCAGUAUGUGUUCUAUUGGCUGUAAAGCGCGGUGAUGAUGAAUAGAAUAACAGGACGAAAACGAUUAGUGAAAAAAUAGACAGAAGUAAGAGCAACCACUAAAAGUUUAGCAAACAACACCCUAAUUUUUAACACAGCCGAAAAAUAUUGACUCAGUAUUUUUAUAUACAAUGGAUUGUAUCUUACAUGAGGAAUUUUCGACUUUGUGUUUCAUCUCUUUCAAUAAACUCUUUAAACCGUAUUCAAUGUGAAGUUAGUAAAUUUAUGGCUGUGUUUUUAACAGAACAAUUCAAUUAUUCUUCGAGUUGCCUCCUACAAUAUAUAUAUAAUCC